GGCUGAUCAGAGCUGAGUGAAAAUGGUGUCUGGAUCAGGAAUUUGCGCGAAGCGCGUGGUGGUUGAUGCUCGUCACCAUAUGCUAGGUCGCUUGGCCUCGAUUGUGGCAAAGGAGCUGCUCAAUGGCCAGAAGGUUGUGGUUGUCCGGUGCGAGGAGAUUUGUCUCUCCGGUGGACUUGUUCGUCAAAAGAUGAAGUACAUGAGGUUUCUCCGCAAGCGUAUGAACACUAAACCUUCUCACGGACCUAUUCACUUCCGUGCUCCCUCCAAGAUCUUCUGGCGUACCGUUCGCGGUAUGAUUCCACACAAGACUAAGCGUGGAGCUAAUGCACUUGCCCGCUUGAAGGUCUUUGAAGGUGUUCCUACUCCAUAUGACAAGAUCAAGAGGAUGGUCAUUCCUGAUGCUCUCAAGGUCUUGAGGCUGCAGGCUGGCCACAAAUACUGUCUGUUGGGUCGCCUUUCUUCUGAAGUCGGGUGGAACCACUACGACACCAUCAAGGAGCUGGAGAACAAGAGAAAGGAAAGAGCUCAAGUUGUUUAUGAGAGAAAGAAGCAACUUAACAAACUCAGAGCCAAGGCCGAGAAGGUUGCUGAAGAGAAGCUUGGAUCUCAAUUGGACGUUCUUGCACCAGUCAACGUGUGCAAUAACAUGUUUGACAAUAUCCGAGAUCAAGAUCAGGAUAAUAUGCCCUUCCCAAACGUUUCCCGUAGUAACUCGUUAGCCGGACUAAGUCUAGACGCUGUGCUUGGCGGCGAGAUCGUUAUACAACCGUCAUCUCCCCCAUCGCCACCACCUUUACCGUCAAAAUCUCUUGUACCGCACCGCCCAACAAGCCAAACGCUUUUCGAUAUCAUACGUGAGGAAUACGCCAACGAAGGGCACAAAGAUCGUACCACGUGGCAGAUUUUCCGUGAGAAACUCCGUCUCAAACGAACCGGUUCUGCUUGGACCUCGUCUCUUCAUAUCCCCGCUUCAGAUAUCCUUAUCCCUAAUCCCAAACACCUUGGAACAGCGUUCCGAUCACACUCCGCCGGUUUAAAUAUCCGAGAUCUGGUUCACGCUAUACCGAUGUCAGAUCCACCUGGUUCUUCAGGACGCGCUAUGUUCACGCGCGGAUCUUCAAUGCGGGUCGGGUCGAGUAAAAACCCGGACGAUUCGCCUGACAUCAGCGUUCUUGGAGAUGGACCACCGUCGAGGAGUUUUAAGCCGCAGUUAUCACGGCACGAUUCCGUUAGAGAUCACAGUGACGGCGAAGAAGAUAACAGACGACGUCACCCGAUCGUCACGUUCGUGGAAGAGAGGCAAAUGUCGGCGAGAGAAGCGGUUGCUGCUCAAGAAGCGGCUGAAGCUGAAGCGGCGGCGGCUGGAGGAAGCGAAGACGAAGACGACGAUGACGAAGAGGAUGAUUCAGGAGAAACAGAGGAGAGGAAAUCAUCUUCAGCUUCUGAGCCGAAACAGACGAUGUCUCUGAUGGAUCUGUUGGAAGAAACAGAUAGACAAAUGGGAUUAACAGGAUCGAGAUACGCCAUGGAUGAAGAUGAAGAGUACGAAGAAGAGGAAGAAGAUGAGAAUUACGAGGAAGAAGGAGAUGGUCAAGGAGGAGGAGAAGGUGAGCUUAGUUGCUGCGUUUGCAUGGUGAAAAUCAAAGGCGCUUCUUUUACACCUUGUGGUCACACGUUUUGUAAGCUCUGUUCUAAAGAGCUUAUGGCUCAAAAAGGUCACUGUCCUGUUUGCAGCAGCUUCGUCCUCGAGUUCCUUGAGAUCUUUUAGAAACUAAUUUUGAAACUUUUUUGU